AUGAAGAUCCUGGCCUUUCUUUUGGCGUAUCUCUUUUUGCCCUUAUGUGGCGGUCGUGUUCACACCAAGCAUGCAGAAUUGCAAGAUGAUGCAUGCAAAGUGCUGCUGGAAACCGCGACUUACGAAACACACACUCUUAUGGAAAUCCUCUACGAGUCAUCCUGUCAGCCUAAGGGGUGGGAGGGAUUCUUUAACCGAAAGGACGUCAAGGCGAUGAUGCAAGAUAUUUCUAAUCGUCUGCAAAGUGACUCCCAGAAUGAAGGACUUGGUUUGAAUCCUAAGAUAGGCUGGAUCUUUAGAGCCUUUCACAUGGUUUCUCCUGAUGAAGUGAAGGCCAUUAUCAUGGGUCAAGAUCCAGCUCCUCAACCCGGACUAGCAACCGGGCUCUCUUUUAGUCUGGAUCCUACAGUACAUCCCCAGGAGGUCCAAAGUGUCUUGAGAGUGAUCCUUGAGGCUCGAAAUGAGGGGUACUGCGUCAAUACUUCUGUUGGUUCCUUGGAAAGCUGGGCUAGGCAAGGCGUUCUUUUACUUAACAAAGCAUUGACCCUGGUUCACAAUAAAAUUGGCUCCCACUUAUCAUUGUGGAAAGAUUUCAGCAAGGAAAUAAUGAAGUAUAUCAAUGAAGAAACAAAUCCAUCGGUCUGGAUUCUCUGGGGUAGCGAAGCCAAAUCUUUAGAAAACAAAAUUGACAAGAGCAAGCAUUACAUUGUUAAAGGGGGUCACCCAUCCCCAAGGGCACCUGGAAGAAAAUUCUUCUGUCAAAAUUACUUCACUUGUUCUAACGAAUGGCUGUGCGCGAAAAAGCGUGGCACCAUUGACUGGAACCUAGUUCCGCUACCUUGCAAGAAGCAUGCAAGUCGCUUAUUUACAAGAAAAUAUUCAGAUCCAGGGUUUUACGAAGGCGACGAGUGCGAAAUGCAGCCAUGCCCUGCAUCUUAUGAGAAAUGA